GACGUUUUUGGAUAGCGGUGAACAUCUUGAUGAACCAAAGGUCACAUGCGCAAGAACACGCCUUAUUUCAAUGAAACAACACUUGGUUUCCGCACAAGUUCCACAGAUGACUUGAAACGUAGAUGUUGUUAGGGUGGAUGUGUCGCAUAUCUUCUGCGACUACGGUGCGUUUCCACUCUGUGUUUUUGGCUUGCUUCCUCUUCCAAGUGAAAUUAUCGAACACUCUUUGGUUCCACAUCCGGAGUGCUAACCCGCGUCAGGGGUUAGCACGUCAAGUUCAUUGCCGUUCAGAGCGGGAGAGGUCCGAGGCUCCGAGUGCAACGUUCCUGGACACUACUUUUCCGCCAUCAACUUACACGAGCUCGCGUGCACGAGUUCGCCGAGGGAUGCUGUACGUACUGAUUCUAUUCUUUCAAGUACAGCAUUUGGAUAGCCUUCUGAUUUAUUGUCGAUAUAGGGACGAGUCACCCAGUGAACAUCAGUAUGGUGACACACCUCUCCCUCCAUCUGCGCGAUGCCGUCGGUUCCUUGACGCAGCUUAUACACUCCGGAUGUUGAUAGGAUUAGUACGUCAAGUUCAUUACCGUUAAGAACGGAGGUGGUUAGAGUGCAAAUGAUUCUUGAUGCCUAUCAGCUUACGAAUGUUGAUUCAAUUGAUACAGCCGCAAGCUACGUACUUGACGUACUUGUCGCCAACUUACGGAUGUCGAUAAUCGGAUUCAGCUAGGCGCGGUUGAAACAGCGGCCGCAGGCUAGGGGUACUUGACGUAUUUCGUU